GCCGUAGUGUGCCUCGCGCGUCCUGUGAGGAGAGAUUCUAAGCGUCUCAGCCUCCUCUCUGUGACAUCUCCGUUCUACAGGCUGAGGCGACCCCGGGAACCCUAGAAGGCGGGGAAUGGAGCCAGUGACCUUUAAGGAUGUGGCUGUGAACUUCACCCUGGAGGAGUGGGCUCUGCUGGAUCCUUCCCAGAAGAAGCUCUUCAAAGAUGUGAUGCAGGAAACCUUCUGGAACCUGAUCACUAUAGGAAAACAAUGGAAAAAUCAGGCCAUUGAUGAUCACUACAAUUCCAGGGGAAAUCUAAGAAGUCAAGUGUUAGAGAGACUCUGUGAACAGAAAGAAGAUGGUCAAUGUGGAGAAAUCCUCAGCCACAUAAUAGAUUCUCUUGUUAACAAGAGAAGUUCUGGAGUAAAACCUAGUGAACACCAUGUGUGUGGAGAAGUCACCAUUGCUGAUUCAUCCCUAACCGUGCCCCUGAUAGCUCACACUGGACACAAAGCACAUGAGUAUCAGGAACAUGGAGAGAAGCCAUAUGAAUAUAAGGAAGAUGGGAAAGCCUUGCAUGAUUCCCAACGUUUCCAGAAGCAUGAAAGAACUCACACAGCAGAGAAACCCCAUGUGUGUAAGCACUGUGGAAAAACCUUCAGUUCUUCCAGCUACAUUAAAAUCCAUGAACGAAUUCACAGUGGAGAGAGACCUUAUGUGUGUAAGCAAUGUGGAAAAGGCUUUAGUUCUUCUGGUGACAUGAAAAGGCAUGAACAAAUUCACAGUGGAAAGAAACCCCAUGUGUGUAAGCACUGUGGAAAAGCCUUUAGUUCUUCCAGCUACAUUAAAAUCCAUGAGCAAAUUCACAGUGCAGAGAAACCUUAUGUGUGUAAGCAAUGUGGAAAAAGCUUUAGUUCUUCUAGCCAAAUGGAAACACAUGAACAAAUUCACAGUGAAGAGAAACGCUAUGUGUGUAAGCAAUGUGGAAAAGGCUUUAGUACUUACAGAUAUAUGAAAAGACAUGAACAAAUUCACAAUGGAGUGAAACCCUACACAUGUAAACAAUGUGGGAAAGGCUUUAGUACUUCUAGAUACAUGAAAAGACAUGUACUAAUUCACAGUGGAGAGAAAUCUCAUGUAUGCAAGAAAUGUGGAAAAGGCUUUAGUACUUCUAAGUACUUGAAAAUCCAUGAACGAAAUCACAGUGAAGAGAAACCCUAUACAUGUAAACAAUGUGGGAAAGCUUUCAGGCAUUCCAAAGCAAUCAGAAGACAUGAAAAAACUCACACUGGAGAAAAACCCUAUGUAUGUAAGCAGUGUGGAAGAGGCUUUAGUUCUUCUACCAAUUUUAAAACACAUGAACGAAUUCAUAGUGGAGAGAAACCCUAUGUAUGCAAGAAAUGUGGAAAAGGCUUUAGUUCUUGCAAUUCAAUUAGAAUACAUGAACGAAUUCACAGUGGAGAGAAACCCUAUACAUGUAAACAAUGUGGGAAAGCUUUCAGUUAUUACGGUUCAAUCAGAAAACAUGAAAAGUCUCAAGAACACUGGAGAAAAACCCUAUGUAUAUAAGCAAUGUGGAAAAGGCUUUACUUCUUAUAGCCAUACCAAAACUCAUGAAUGAGUGGCUGGAGUUGCGGCUCAGUGGUGGAGCACUUUCCUAGCAAGUGUGAGGCACUGGGGUUUGAUUCUUAGCACCACAUAUAAAUAAAUGAAUAAAAUAAAGGUCCACCAACAUCUAAAAAAUAUUUUUUAAAAACACAUGAGUAAAAUAACAGUGCCAAGAAACCUUAUACAUGUAAGCUGCCGCAGUCUGGCUGGGCACAAAUCACGAGCCACUGAAGCAGGAACAAACUUUAUUUUUAAACUGCAGGAAAACACUUCACACAGCUCCCGGGGAAUCCUCCCGAACGCGCCAGGAGGCUUGUCCAGCAACCCCCAGCCGGAAAUAUCUCUCCCGGAAAUUCCUCCUCCUGCACUUCCCCAACCAAUGGGAACUCUCGGGGAAUCCCCAGAAAUCCCCACGAGAACUCCAAAAUAGUGCGAGAACUCAAAAGUUGCGGCAGAGGCGGAUAGUAAUGCCUCGCCUGUCAAUCAAUACUGUUGGCAAAAUGCCAGGGGCCAUACAGACUCGGCCGUGGCUCUCAGCAUCUCCCCCUUUUUGUUUAAUUAAACAACAAGCAAUGUGGCUUAGGGACCGUGCCUGUUAGGCAGUCCAGUUCAACAUAUGGUCCUUACCCGUCAUCGGAUGAACUGACCUCUAGGCGUCAGCCUCCUGUCUUAGGUUGGUACCACUGCAAUUGGAUCAUACCCAUCACUGACUACCGGUCCAGCAUACAGCCAUACUUGUGGAUAGGCCUUUGCACCAGUGGGGGGGUGAGGUUCUUUGCCUCACCUCUGUUGGCCCCCAAAUUUUAGACCAUCACUAGUAGAAGGGAGGAGGAUGCAAAAUGCCAUGACACUAAGCCAAUUGAGGGCUCCUUUGAAAAAUUGUACCACCGGUGACACCAUCAGCAAAAAUACUCCAGCACUACCACAAUUCGCUGUACCAACAGAUAGUUCACAAUGCAUACAAGUGAUACAUAGUCCAGGCAAGGUCUGCAAGCAAUUCAAAGCAGAGGAAUCUGUCAAUAUGUCCGUUUCCUCCCAAAGUAAAUCAACUCCUUAAUUGAGCAUUACUUGUUGAGUUAUUAUUCAUUGAUGCAUCAGUUUUUACAGUUUGUUGUGAUAACUAUCGAAGAAGCUGUAGUUUGGUUUUAUCUUUGUCUUCACCGGCACUGGGAUGAAGAUAGGAAUUCUGGCAAUGAUGCUAAGAAAAAAAUUAUGUAACAUUCCAACAGGCACUAAGAAAACAAUUUUU